AUGUCAAACUUAAAUGAUAGUAUGAAAGAAGAAGAAAAAGAUGUUGUAAUAGUCAGCAAUGAUCUGAGUGAUUCUUCAUUGUUAUCUAAUUCAAGUACGAUUUCAUCGAAUGAAGAAUUACCUAUUCCACGCUUACAGGAUUCAUCUUCAAGCUUAAUGACAAGUCUCAUUACUACAACGUCACAAUUAUCAAUAUCAUCUGAAAUCAUCAAUCAAUUACAUAAUGUAACAUUGCCUUAUCCAUUGCAAUUAGAUAAAGAAUAUAUUUAUCGAAUUGGAUUAAAUCCAAAUGAAUUUAUAGAUUAUUGUCAAUUUGAACUGAUGAACUUUAUGUUUAAUGAUCCAAUGGAUAUUAUUGAAAAUUUUAUUCGAUAG